AUGCUACACCUUUUAUUCCCAUUUCUGUUUACCGACGCAGACGACCAGUACGUCCGUGGAGUGCCAUUAUACCAGAUGGAUCGGCAAAGACUUUCCAAAUUGAAUCGGACUAUCCGACACCUUGAUGCAUCUUUCUCAACAUCCAAGUCACUUUUUGAGGGCUAUAACCCUGAUAUACCUAGGCUUCUUCUUGACCUCUGCGAGCUAGAUACCUCUUUAUUCCCUCGGCUCUUAUCUCUGAACACAGAAUGUCGCAGUGAUGCUGAAGUUCUCGGGAUACUCCCUCUGUUGACACCUUCUCUGCGCUCUCUCCACAUAGUUAUUCACCAGUCUGCUACCGACUAUAUGCACGAGCUUCUGGAAGGGGUAGAGAGUAACCUUCCCAACCUUAAGCGUCUCAGUAUUUCCUACCGUCAAACACCUUCUUCUAUCUCAGGGCAGCACGAAGCCGAAGAUGGUCUAGCGCAUAGGGAAACGGACCCAUAUUUAUACCUCCCGAUACAAUCUCUUUGCCUCCCUCGGUCGCUUAGAUGCUUAUCUGUCCCGUCGACCUGCGCCUCUGCAGAUGCCCUGUUCAAUUUUUCCUGCCUUCCUCACUUAGAUUCUUUGGAAUUCACCGGAAGCUGGGAGUCAGAUGUAUACGAAGGAGAAUGGUCAGAACUCCCGUCAUCCUCUUUCUCUGCUCUCGCUCAGCUUUCGCUGCCCGAUUGUUCAACUCGGAUUGCCUCCACACUGCUUACCAUUAUACCCGGAACUGCGCCUCUAAGUAAGGUUGCCAUUGCUUUAUCGGGGACAGAUUCGGGCCUUCGCGAGUUAUGCGCCGCAUUAGCUCGGUUCUGCAACACGAUCCGGGGAAUUUCUAUAAACGGGUUUUGCCUUCAUUCAAACCCAGUACAUCUUCAGGAAAUCGCAGAAGCUCUCACUUCAUGCUCGAAGCUUGAGAAGCUCGCGUUAAAUAUGCCAAUUCAGAUGUCGGAUGUUGAGCUCAGGGAUUUUACAUGUCGGCUGCCUCAAACUUGCGUAGUGCACAUUGGAGAGUAG